GCUAUUACUCCAAUCAGAUUUUGUAUAGGAAGCUUUAUUAUUACAAAUCUGGCAUGAUUGAAUAUUAUUGGAUGAGGCUCAAAUUGUUCAAUAUUUCACAAGUCGCAACAUGCCUUUGCUUUAAUUUUUAAAUUUUAUCACUACUGAAAAAUAGAAAACCUUCUUAGAUAAAGAUUAUAUUUAACUUAAAACACCAUUGUUGAAAUGCCUUCAACUAGGAAAAAAGUUAUAAAAACUGUAUAUAAAGACGAAGAUGAUAGCGACGCAGUCGCGGGAGAUUUUAGUGACUCUGGUUCCGAAGCAAUCAUUUCUGAACAUUCAAGCUCGGAAGAAGAAGAAGACUGCCAUAAUGCUUCAGAAUCCGAUGAAGAAAUUAAAAAUAAUAAGAAAAGAACAAAAUCAUGUUCAAAAAAGAUGUUCAGAAAACCCAAUAAACCUAAGUUUACAAAAUCGCUCCUCAAUGCAAUUCAAAAACAAACUGAAAAUAACACUGAUAUUGAUAUCGGUGAUAUUCCAGCAUUUACGGUAAAAGAUUUAACAGAUGCUGAUAAGCUGCUACCUUCAGUUCUAAAUCUCUCUGAAAGUGAUAGCAGCGAUGAAGAUGAACCUAAAAAACAUCUGCAAAAGAACAUUCCUAAAACAAUAUUUACCAAAAGAAAUGAAGAUUCAGAUGAUGACAAGAAUGCAAAUAUAGAAUACAAAGAUGUGUGGUCUAAUAAUGAAAAGCAAGAAAGUGAAGAUAUUGCAAAAAAGACAUUUUUAGAAUUGGAGCAACACAAAAAUAAAAUUGAGGAAGCUAAAGUGUCAAUUGAAAAUUAUUCUAUGAAACAGGACAAAAAUGAAUCAAAUGUUAAGGAUCUUCUGGCCCUUGGAGAGGAAGUUUUGCCAGAAAAGGCUGCAAAAUCUAAAAAAAAAUCAAAGAAAAUGUUAGAUGACAGUGAGUCAGAAAUGGAGGAUUGGGAAGAAGUAAAAGAAAAUAAGUCUACCAUACCACAGCAAGGCUUACAACUCAUAGUAGAUAUACCAGAUUUAGUAUGUAGAAAGUCAAAAAAGGUUGAUGUAGAAAUGAUGAUGAAAAGAAAAAUAAAUCGAGUAAAAAAAGAACAACAAGUUUUUAUGCAUAAGGUACAUGUAUUAUGCUGGCUUGGACAUGGAAAUUAUGUUAGCAAAGUAUUAAAUGAUCAAUCAAUGUUGGCAUCUGCUUUAUCUAUGGUACCAUCUAAGGAAUGUUAUCCUGGUGAAAGAGUGGAUAUGAAAUAUGUAGAGCAAAUAACAUCAUGGUAUCAUGAUAAGGUCACAUUAAAACAAGACAAGCAUGAAAACAAAUUCCGCCCAAAAGCCCCAGCAUUAAUCAAUAUUUUACUAGAGCAAAUUAAGAAGAGAGUAUUUACAACAAAAAAAUAUAUAGUUUAUGUUUUUGUUUCCAUGUUGAGGUCACUUGGGUUACAGUGUCGUGUUAUAUUCAAUUUUGUUACAAUGCCUAUUAGGCCUCCCAAUUCUGAAUUAUGCUCAUUGUCAUUAAAAAAUAAAGAUGCACCAGAGACCAAAGAAAAAGGAAAAGGGCCACAAAAUAAAGCUGUAAAGUCUAAGAAAACAGUGAAGAAAAAUAUGUCUCAAUUAGAUGGUACCUAUGAUAGUAGUGACAGUAAUAUUGAAAUGGAGGAUAUUAUGCAACUGGAUGGUAAUGAUGAUUUAUUAUCAAGUAGGACAAGAAGAACAAAAAAUAGUACAAAACAUGCUAUUGAGGAUAAGUCAGAAAAUAAGGAUGUGUCACCCCCAAAAAGAUCCAGGAGAACGAAUAUAAAAAAUACAAAUAAUUUUGAUUCCAAUGCUAUUGACACCCAUCAGAGCACAGAACAAAGAGCUAGUGCAAGAUUAAAAGAAAAAAAGCCAGAAGCACAUACUAGUGCCAGUAGCAAUACUUUAAAACCAAGAAAGUCUUUGUCCCUUAAUCGGCAAAAACAGGAUUGUGAACAUACUGAACAAAGUGUUUGCAACAAAAGACUUAGACAAACAACCAAGAACACUAAUAAAACGCCCAUAUCAAUAGAAAACAAUAAUUCUGUAGAGCCUCCUAAAAUUGUUGUAACAAAUGAAAAAAAUGAAAGUGUAUCAAGCAAAUACUUUGAAAAUAAUGACACAACAGUAAAAGAACAGUUGUCACAAAAGAGAAAAAGAAAUAAAACAUCAGAUCCACCUACCACUAAAAAUGAGAUAAACAAAAUCAAAACAAGAACAAAAAGUGCUCCAGGAUCUGCAAUCAAAAGUAAAUAUUUCAGUGAAACUGAUUUGCCCAGAGAACAGGCAAAAACUGUUAUAAGCAGAAAUAAAAAAUCCCAAGAAUUGUUAGAAGAUAGUAAAAGGGUUAGCCAUAGAGAUAUCAAACAAGAAAAACCAAACCCUAAAAAUGAUGUUACCAAAGAUUUGGUCAAUAUCAUCAAGAGUAGAGUCAGAGCAGUAAAGGAAGAAUCAAAAAAUGGAAAAGUUAAAGGAAAAAUAAAGCAGGAAUCGGAUGAAGACAGUGACUAUCUUCCAGUUGCGUCACCAAAUAGAAAAGAGUGUGAAAGUGAUGAAGAUUUCAAGCCAACCAAAAUCAGCCCGAAACCAGGGAGCAGUCGUAAAAUUGAUCGUCGUAUUAUUUCUACCGAUGAAGAUUUACCUGCAGACCGUAUAGAUGUCUGGUGUGAAGUAUUUGUAGAAGAGUUGGAAGAGUGGGUGGCGGUUGAUGUUGUAAGAGGCAAAGUGCAUUGUGUCAAUGAAAUUUAUAGCAAAGCCACACACCCAGUAAACUACGUUAUUGGUUGGGACAAUAAUAAUUAUCUGAAAGAUUUAACGCGAAGAUAUGUACCGCAAUGGAACACGGUGACACGUAAACAACGCGUCGAUGCAGAGUGGUGGAAUACUGCCAUUAAACCAUGGCUUGGGCCAAAGACUGCUCGGGACAAGGAAGAAGAUGAGAGAUUAGAUAGAAUGCAGCUAGAAGCACCGUUACCGAAGAGUAUUGCAGAAUAUAAAAACCAUCCAUUAUAUGCGCUAAAGAGACAUCUAUUAAAGUUUGAAGCAAUUUACCCACCUGAUGCAGCCGUGUUGGGUUUUGUACGUAGCGAACCUGUGUAUGCCAGAGAGUGUGUGUAUGUAUGCCGUUCAAGAGACACGUGGGUGAAGGAAGCGAAAGUUGUUCGGUUAGGAGAAAAGCCAUACAAAGUGGUUAAAGCAAGACCCAAGUGGGAUAAGCUUUCCAAUAAAGUGAUAACUGAUAAGCCCCUUGAGAUAUUUGGACCUUGGCAAGUGCAAGACUAUGAACCACCAACGGCCGAAAAUGGAAUAGUACCAAGAAAUCCAUAUGGAAAUGUGGAGCUUUUCAAAGAGUGCAUGUUACCAAAAGGAACAGUUCACAUAAAAUUGCCUGGGCUGAAUAGAGUGGCGAAAAAAUUAAAUAUCGACUGUGCACCUGCCAUGACCGGCUUCGAUUUUAAUGGCGGUUAUACACAUCCAGUUUAUGAUGGUUUUGUUGUGUGCAAGGAGUUUGAAGAGAUUAUCACAGAAGCAUGGAUAAAGGAUCAAGAAGAGAUGGAAAGAAAAGAACAGGAAAAAAUGGAGGCUAGGGUAUAUGGAAAUUGGAAACGCCUAAUAAAAGGAUUAUUCAUACGGGAAAGACUUAAGACCAAAUAUGGAUUUAGUGAUCCCAGCACAUCACAAAAUAAAAAAAAGUCAAAGGGACCACGUUUUGUUGUCAAUAAAAAGAAUUAAGUACAAGUAUAAAAGAUUUCGAAAUAGAUAACACUAUGUUUUUAAUUACUUUUUUUUGUUAACAUCACAUAGUUUUUAGAAUUUUAUCAUUUUAAAAACUUAAUUUAAUAGUAAUGCAAUGUGAUAAAAUCACAUUUUAAAAUGUGCAAGUGAUUAUAAUUUAUUGUUUUUAACCUAAAUUACUUAUGAUAUUUAAUAAUAAUGUCCAUAAUAUUUUAUUCUUGAAGUCAUUUAAUACUGUGAUUCCUCCGAAGAAUAGACCUAUUUUGUAAUGCUGUGGAAAAUUUAAAUUUGUUACCAUUUAAAAAUAACUCAAUCUUUUAGAGCUUAGAGUAUAAAGAUGUUUGCAUACUGAAGUUUUGCUCUUUAACAUUCAUAUUCACAACGUAAAUUGGUAGAAUAUCUAAUUUGUUAUAUUCCAUCUGGAAAGAAAUUGUUAUUAUGUAUUAUAAAUAUUAAAUUCGAGAAUUACGGGUAAAUAUUUAGAAUACAGAAGCUCAAUAAACGCAAGUAAUGAUCAUAUUUCCAAAAAGUAUUAACUGUAUAUAUUAAUUUUAGAUAAUAAUAUUAAACCGCCUAAAUUUUUGUUAUUGAAAUCUUUCGUAUCUAUAGUGUAUUUCAAAAAAUAAAACCAGUACAAUCGAUUAUGUGAUAAAAAACCAGUCGAGUUUUUUUUUAGCUAUAAAGUUGUAUCUAAUCCUUUUAUUGCGUAAAGAUUUUAAAAUUUUAUAAUACGUUUCUAUGUGUGUAUUUUUAUGUUUCAUUAUUAAUAGUGGCGUAACGUACCUUAAAAGAACCCUGUAACUAAGUUUGACGAAGAGGUCAGGUGAAAAAGGGAUGUUUUUGUUUCUUUUCAGAACACAAAUAUCUCUUUACCUAAUUUAAUUAAUCGUAUAUCGAGUUUCAUUUUAGGGGAGUAUCGCCUCAACGCUCGUUGGACACUUAAAAUAAGAUUUAUACCUAG